GGGAGAGGUGGCGGCAGGCCGAGGACAGGCCGGAAGAGGAGAGGCCGGCUGAGGCUGCCCGGCUCCCCAGCACCUGUGCUCGCACCCCAGGCUCCAACACCUGAGCUCCCAGCCCUGCAGGAAGCCCGGCAGGAGCCUGGCUCAGCAUGGCGGCCUCCGACUUCGCGCAGGAGAUGCGCCUGGUGGGCGAGAGGCUGCUGCUCAAGCUGCAGAGGCUGCCGCAGGCCGAGCCGGUGGAGAUUGUGGCCUUCUCAGUCAUCAUCCUGUUCACAGCCACGGUGCUGCUGCUGCUGCUGGUAGCCUGUAGCUGCUGCUGCACUCGCUGCUGCUGCCCGGAGCCGAGAGGCAGGAAGGUCCAGGUGCGGCCCAUGACCCCGCCGUGAGGGAUGGAGAGCUGACCACGACGCUGGAAAGGACACUGCAGAGCCAUGGCCCAAGUGUGGGCCUGGUCCUGCAGCCCUGACACUUCCAGACCAAGAUCCCCUGUCAGCUCUGGUCCUGCCAGGACUUGGACAUGACAUGUGGAGGCUUAUCAAGGGCACAAGAGCUGCACGGUCACAGGAGCGCUACCUGCCCGUGAGCACAGUGCUGAGGAGGAGCCCACCAUUUCAAGGAUGGAGUCAAUCACCGGUCUUGGCCUACCUGCACUUUUUAACAAAACACGGAAGCGGGGUCCCCAAACCUCGAUGGAGAACAACCUGCACCUGUGGGGAGCUGGCCUUGGGGUUCUGCUGACCCACGCCAAAGAGGAGCAGCCCACUCACAGGGAUUUUGUGCAAUAGCUACUGGACCCCACGCUCCCCACCAGAGAGGGGGCAUGUCAAUAUUCUAGUACAGUUUUUGCCUGUUUCUU